CUAGGGUGACAGUAUAUAAAAAAUAAAUAAAAUAAAUAAAUAAUAAUAUAGAAAAAAAUAAAAAUAAUAAAUUUUGGCCAAGAUUUAUGAUGAAAUAUUAUUUAUUUGAAAAAUUUUAUAAGAAACAAUUUUUUUCAAAAUUUUUAGACAUUUUCAUUUACAUAGCAAAAAAAAAAAUAAAAAUCCCAGCGGUGAAUAAAUACCACCAAAAUAAAGUUUUAUCUGUCUCAAAAAAAUGGUAAAAAAUUCAUAUGGGUACAGUGUUGCAUGACCACGCAAUUGCCAUUCAAAGUGUGAUAGCGCUGAAAGCUGAAAAUUGCCCUGGUCAGGAAGGAGGUAAAAGUGUCUGGACUGGAAGUG